UUCACAUCGAUCUAUUUACAACGAUUGCUUUGGUCUACUGCAUACUGCUGGUGUGGUUGUGGAAAUACGUGACAGACUGAACGUUGUUUAGCGGGGGACUAGAAUGUGAUGUUUACAGGCCUUUGUGACCAUCCUACAGCGACUCAUCAAGCCAAAGUGACAACCAGGUAAGCAGCUUAGCCCUAUAACUGGAGCAAGGAUACAUCCCUGAGUGUCAACGGCGCGCUAGGAGAACUCCAAAUGCUUCUCGACACAGUUGUGACUGGAGACCGACGCUGCGCCCUCCUCGCCUCUUCUCUCCAUCUACUCUGAUCUACUCUUCCUUUCAUCUCAUCUCUCUGUCACCUCUGAACACCAGCCACUCUUCACAUUUACUCGCCUCUUCUCUCACUGGAUAACUUGGGUGCUAAGAGGAGAGUGGAAAGGUGCCGCGUUACAGCCACUUGUGCCAGACGAGAAUUCCGAAGAGAAGAGGAGUAGAGAGGAAGGGGGAGGGAGCGCUAGAGGGUAGUCCCGCCUCUGUGUGCUCAGUUCACUCGGAAAGGCAGAGAAAAUACAAAGGAACACCUAGCCCUAGUGGCCUGGAGCCUGGAGAAGAGGAGCGGUGUGCACAACCACAGCCACAACCUCCUCCUACUCCUUCAGUCCCCAGCGUGUGAACUGCCAACAGGAACUACCCUUCCAUCUGGCUCUUCCAUCUGCCUUAACCCUGAUCCAGGACCUGCUACUGUUUGUUUGGUUACUUCCUCUCUCUCGCUCAGCGUCAUUGAGGCUCCACAGCUGAUCCCAGACACAGCACUGUGACGCUCUGCUCAGCGCCCAGUCUUCUACAGUUAACCCGGCAGGCUAGAAGCAGGAAUAGGGAGCGCUUGACAAGAGGCUAGAGUCAGAGAUGGGAGUCCUUGUUUGUGGCGUGGUGGUGCUGACGCUCAUCUGUCAAAGCCAUAGCUUGGACGGUGCCACAAACCCGCUGCACAGGUUUAAAAGGUAUCAGGAAAGUGCCUCUUCGGAGCCCAACGACUGCACUACCAGGACGAGACAACCCAUGGUCCUGUCCAAAUCAGGCAACUUUUCCCUGGAUGUCCGCAUGCCGGGGGUGUCCCCCACGGUGUCUGACACCUAUUUGUGUGUGGCCGUUCCAGUACCGACAACCAGGGAUGCCUAUAUCGUGGAUUUUGAGCCUCAUGCCAGUAUGGACACAGCCCAUCACAUGCUCCUGUAUGGCUGCGGGACACCAGUCUCCACCACCAACUACUGGGACUGUGGGAGUGUCAAGGGGACCUGUGAGGACGAAGCCUCCAUCAUGUACGCCUGGGCCCGAAAUGCCCCACCCACCAGGCUACCCCCAGAUGUCGGUUUUAAAGUUGGAGGGAAAUCCAGAAUCACUUACUUUGUGCUGCAAAUCCACUAUGGGGAUGUCCACGCUUUUAGUGACCACCAUAGAGAUUGCUCAGGACUUACCUUACGAAUGACUUCCAAACCACAGCCCUUCAUUGCUGGCAUGUAUCUGAUGAUGUCUGUGACCACCGUCAUCCUUCCAGGAAAUAAAGUUACAAACGCAGACGUGGCUUGCACUUAUAACUCAUAUCCCAUAUACCCAUUUGCCUUCAGAACCCACACGCACAAGCUUGGACAAGUUGUCAGUGGUUACAGGAUUCGAGACGGGAAGUGGACUCUGAUUGGACGACAGACUCCUCAGUUACCACAGGCAUUCUAUCCUGCCACCAAGGGAAUCAACGUGAAGUACGGAGACACACUUGCUGCUCGAUGUGUCUUCACCGGGGAAGGAAGGACCACCAAAACAUAUAUUGGAGGUACCUCUGAUGACGAGAUGUGCAACUUCUACAUGAUGUACUACAUGGAGAGCAGACACGCAGCACCCUUCCAGGAGUGCAUGGAGGACGGCUCCAAGGAGCUGUUCCAGAACAUUCCACCCGAGGCCAACGUGCCCAUCACGGUUCCUCCAGAGAUGAUGAUGCACAACAUGAUGCACUCUGCUGGAGCCCCAUCUACCCCAGAGCAUCAAGAUGACAUGGCGCUGCUGCAACCCAAGCGUGAGGAGGAGGAAGUUCUGGAUCAGGGUGACUUCUAUUCCCUUCUGUCCAAACUCCUAGGCGAGAGCGAGGACGUAGUCCACGUGCAUAAGUAUACGCCCGGCGAGGCGCAGAGUGCCCAGGCCAAACUGGUGGCUCAGAUUGAUAGCAUAAUUCAAAAGAAGGACCUGGGCUGGCCCAGUCCCAGGCUAGGCUUCCUGGACAGAGAGGAUGCUAUACUGGUGAGGGACAGAGUGCACAAGUUUCACCAGUUAGAGGCUACGGCCAGGCCUCCCGGGAGCAAGCUAAUGCCAGCUAACGCCCUGGUCGAGAUUGACGAUGAUGAUGAAGAAGAAGAGUACCAUCUGGAAGAGGUGACGGACUGGCCAGAGAGCCCACUCCAGCUGGGUCAGGUGUCCGGUUUGGCCCUGGACUCAGACGACAACCUGGUCAUCUUCCACAGGGGAGACCACCAAUGGGGGGUCAACUCCUUCGACAACAGCGGCAAAUACCAGCAGGAGUCCCUGGGUCCCAUUCAACAGUCCACCAUUCUCGUGGUGGAUCCCGUCAAAGGCAGCGUACUCAAGGCCUCCGGAAGAAAUAUGUUUUACUUGCCUCAUGGAAUCACCACGGACAAGGACAAUAACUACUGGGUCACGGACGUGGCGCUUCAUCAGGUGUUCAAACUGAGCAGCGAUGGCCGGGACAAGCCCCUGGUUGUGCUGGGAGAGGCCUUUGAACCCGGAAGUGACAAAGAGCACUUCUGCAAGCCCACCGAUGUGGCUGUGGACCCCGUGACCGGGAACGUGUAUGUGUCAGACGGAUACUGCAAUGCCAGGAUACUUAAGUUCUCACCCGAGGGAAAAUACCUGUCACACUGGGGAGCAGGCUCGUCAGACAGAAGGAGAAGGGUCCAGUUCCGAAUCCCACACAGCCUGGUGUUUCUGCCUGACAGGCGGGAGCUGUGCGUGGCUGACCGGGAGAAUGGACGCAUCCAGUGCUUUGUCGCUGAAUCCGGAGAAUUCGUCAAGGAGAUCAAGAAGCAGGAGUUUGGAGGGGAAGUGUUUGCCAUCUCCUACGCACCUGUGCAUGGUGGUCUGAUCUACGCGGUGAAUGGGGAAUCUGCGUACGGGCGCUCUGCCCCUCUCAAAGGCUUUGUGAUUAAUUAUUCAACCAAGGAGAUCCUGGAUGACUUCAGCCCAGAAAACGCACAGGAGUUUGGAAUGCCCCACGACAUUGUUGUAACCAAAGAUGGGCGUGUCUUUGUAGGAGAUGCAGCCACAGACUCCGUGCUAAAGUUCUCCUCUGACAAAGCUGAACAUCGCUCUGUUAAGAAAGGUGGAAUUGAAGUACAAGAAAUCGAAGAAACAGAGACUAUAAUCCAAACCCGCCUGAAGCCCCAGCACAGGGUAGAGGUAGCGGUGGCCAAGGUGCAGAUACCUGUAGCGACUCAACAGAAGACUGCUGAGCCUGUCCAGGAACAGCCCCAAAAACCGCAACAACAAGAGGAUGAUAAGGACAAGACUCUAGCCAAACAGACUGCUCAGGGCGUGUCUCCGGCAGUUAUCACCACCCUGCUGCUCAUCCCCUUAGUGGUGGUCAUCUCCAUAGGGGUCUUGAUCCGCUACAGGAAGAACAGGAUGUAUGGAGAUGGAUGCGAGGUAAAACUGGAACAGACCUCGUCCGGAGGAAUCUUGGGAAAACUCAGAGGUAAAGCUGCGGGCGGUCUGAACCUGGGCAACUUCUUUGCCACUCACAAGGGCUACACCCGGCAAGGCUUUGACCGUCUCAGCACCGAGGGUAGUGACCAGGAGAAAGAUGACGAUAACGACACUGACUCGGAGAACGAGGAGUACUCGGCACCGCCUCCCCCUGUCGGCCCCUCCUCCUCCUCUUAGGACCCCCACCACCCCACCUCGAAGCCGUCCCACCAAAUGCCAACCGGCCCUUGGCUCCCGUGGUCAGGAUGUACUAUAAUCGUAUGUGUAUCUAUGUUUGUGUUGGCUGCCAAUCGUUCCUAUUUAUUUGUGCAAAAAACAUUCUCGAUACGAUGUGCCACUAUCUUGCUUUGUGAGUAAAUGGGACCAGAGAUUUUAAGUAAGAGAACACUGGUAGGUCGAGGAGUGAUGCUUUUUAGAGUAUAAUUUUAACAGGAAGGAAGAAAACGAGGGGUAGUUUUAUUUUUAUAAUUAAUUGUCUACAUAAAUCUCUUCCACUUACAGUACUUAAUCAACCAGAUGCUUUAAUGUUAUGUUUUCUGUUUUUUUUGGUCCAGAAACUUUGGUUGAUUACUUUUAUCUGUACAUUUGUGCCUUUUUAAUUAUGUAUUUUGCCUUUCUGCAGCACCUACACUACCGUUCAAAAGUUUGGGGUCACUUAGAAAGGUCCUUGUUUUUGAAAGAAAAGCACAUUUUUUUGUCCAUUAAAAUAACAUCAAAUUGAUCGGAAAUACAGUGUAGACAUUGUUAAUGUUGUAAAUGACUAUUGUAGCUGGAAAUGGCUGAUUUUUAAUAGAAUAUCUACAGAUGCCCAUUUAUCAACAACCAUCACUCCUGUGUUCCAAUGGCACAUAGUGUUAGAUAAUCCAAGUUUAGCAUUUUUAAAGGCUAAUUGAUCAUUAGAAAACCCCUUUUUCAAUUAUGUUAGCACAGCUGAAAACUGUUGUCCUGAUUACAGAACCAAUAAAACUGGCCUUCUUUAGACUAGUUGAGCAUCUGGAGCAUCAGCAUUUGUGGGUUUGUUUACAGGCUUAAAAUGGCCAGAAACAAAGACAUUUCUUCUGAAACUUGUCAGUCUAUGUUCUGAGAAAUUAAGGCUAUUCCAUUCGAGAAAUUGCCAAGAAACUGAAGAUUUCGUACAACGCUGUGUACUACCUUCACCAGAACAGCGCAAACUGGCUGCAACCAGAAUAGAAAGAGCAGUGGGGGGCCCAAUUGGCUAACAAUUGCAAAAUGGUUUUCUAAUGAUCAAUUAGCCUUUUAAAAUUAUAAACUUGGAUUAGCUAACACAACGUGCCAUUGGAACACAGGAGUGAUGGUUGCUGAUAAUGGGCCUCUGUACGCCUAUGUAGAUAUUCCAUAGAAAAUCAGCCGUUUUCAGCUACAAUAGUCAUUUACAACAUUAACAAUUGCCUACACUGUAUUUCUGAUCAAUUUGAUGUUAUUUUAAUGGACAAAAAAUGUGCUUUUCAAAGAAAUCUCUAAAUGAACCCAAACUUUUGAAUGGCAGUGAAUAUUAUUACAAAUGUGCCACAUAAUGGAAAGAGCUGCUGCUACUGUCAACUGUACUUAGGUUUCAUUGUAUCGCAUUCAAGAGAAAGGAUUAAAAAAAAUAUUAUUAUUAUCAUGUAUCUAAAGCUGUAUUUAGGAAAUUUUCCAAUCAGAUGUAAGCUGUGUCUGAUAUUUAUUGUGACAUACUGAGGUUUUAUUGCAAGAAUACUAUUUUCAGUAACAAUGUUAUUUGUGUAAUAAAGUGUCUGCAAAGCA